AUGGGCCGACAUUCAGCCGACAAACCAAUUACCCUCUUGAGUCGACAAACAAAACCUGCCGUCAUUGAGGCUUGGAAAAUCUCUUCAUUCCUACAACAACAGUCGUUGGCAUCGCAGCUUUCACUAGUCGCGACUUACACUGUUGGAAGAAACAUAGAUUCUGGGAACCAGAGCAGAAUUCUCCUCCCAUCGACCGACCGACCCGCAAGCGACGACGACGACGACGACGACGCGCACAACGCCAACGACUGA